CGCCCACCGCGCACUCAGUCCCCGCGUUUGGACGUCGACAGCACCGGACAAACAGUCUCCGUUUCUCCUCCGGUUUUACAGCUCUGACCGAAGUGACAUCCACGUCUAAAUUUACCGCUAAUCUUCAUGGGCAAGGUGUGGAGGCAGAUGUACCCCCAAUAUACCUACUAUUACCCCCCUUACCUGCAAGCUAAGCCACCUGUUGGCCCCGCCUCCCAUCCGAUGGCUCCGCCCAGUCCUGGAACCAACAGCAGCACUAAUCACAGCAGCAGCAGCAGCAGCACAGCCGGCUGGGAGCAGCUCAGUAAAACCAACCUGUACAUCCGCGGGUUACUGCCAUCCACCACUGACCAUGACCUGGUCAAACUCUGCCAGCCGUAUGGAAAAAUUGUAUCAACCAAGGCCAUCUUAGACAAAACCACAAACAAAUGCAAAGGUUACGGUUUCGUGGAUUUCGACAGUCCUGCAGCGGCUCAAAAAGCAGUCAGUGCUCUGAAGACCAGCGGCGUUCAGGCCCAGAUGGCCAAGCAACAAGAGCAGGACCCGACUAACCUGUACAUCUCUAACCUGCCGUUAACCAUGGAUGAGCAGGAGUUGGAGGCCAUGCUGAAGCCCUUCGGUCAGGUCGUCUCCACACGAAUACUCCGAGACACCAACGGGGCCAGUCGAGGGGUCGGAUUCGCAAGGAUGGAGUCAACAGAGAAAUGUGAAGCCGUCAUCUCUCACUUCAAUGGGAAGUUCCUCAAAACACCAGCUGGAGUUAUGGUUUAUGCCAGCCAGUCCGGCUCUCCAGGGCCCGUAUAUCCCUCCAUACACUCACAUGCAGACCGCCGCCGUCUCCGUGGAGGAGAACAGUCCACAAGCUCAGGUGGAAUCGUCCAGUGAUCAUUCACCUUACACCUAUCAGCAGGCCAAGUGAUGAACAGGGUCUUGUUGGUGACUGAGAGAGAAGGAGACGACUGCUAAAUCAACAACAGCUUCCUUUGAAGAACCGGCUCUACCGACGAAUCAACAUUUUGCACAGGUUCUACGAUGAGUUCCUCGGUUUUAUAACAAAACUACUUUGACUAUUUUUGGUAUAAGUUCCAUUAGGUGCAAAUCAAGGAUUCAUUUCAUCAGAGGAUGCUAACAAAGAGGAAAACAAAAAGCAAAUGAGAAAUG